AUCCAUCAUCGUACCUGCAGGUAAACACACGCGCGCCCAACCACCAACCACCACCACCACCACCACAAAGCACCAUCACGCGCAACAUCCUCACCGGCCGCCAUUACCUCCCUCCCCCUCCCUCUGUGCAGAAUCGAGCAGUGCAAUGUUGUUGUCGCGCCUGCCGUGAUUGAUCUAUGGCUGCAUCGCCCUGACACGGAUUGCCCUGUUGCUUUGUUUUGACUUCCCUCGCUCGCUCGACUCUCCCCGUCCGUCGCUCGUUACAAAUAUAAUCACACCCGAACCACCACCACCCUAAUAUCGCCUCCCUCCCUCCUCCUAUCCGAUGGUCGUCAUCAAUCCUGCGCCGGCAGCUUUGUCGGCCAGCGACCUGUCCCUCUUCUAUGCCACCGACGAGCUCCUAUCUAAUUGCCCUGUCCUCAUCUUCUACGGUCCCACCUCCACCUCCGCCUCCACUACCCACUCGCGCAUCCAGGCCCACGUCUUCACCCCCGCUGGUUUCCACAACUUCUCCCGUCUCAUAAUAUCUCCUACCGCGCCCUUCUACGCUGCCGUCACUUGUCUUCCACGCGAGGAGCAGGGCGACGAAAUAUGUCGCGGUCUGGCCUUCAGUCUGUACAAAUACUUUGCAGACCUUCCUGCAGAGGUCAAAGCUGCAUGGGAAACCCAGUGUAGCUCUCUGGGUCGCCUGCCCUCCGCACCUAAGCUCUUCACUGAAUCACACGCUGCCAUCAUUGCAGCUCGCAUGGUUAGGGUAACAAAUGUCGCCGACAUCAUCACCGACGUACGCCAUGCGCUGGGCGAGCAAACGCUAUCAUGGCUGGAUCUGGAUUUGGUUCUCCCUCAGGGAUCCAUACAACAUCUGGACAGCACUCGAGAAUCAGCCCAGUUCGACGACCCCGAGGAAGACAUUCUGAACCAACGCUACGGCUCCUACGCACCCCUUGUGAAGCUGUUUGGGGAGUCUGCUUUCCUCCCCACCUCAAAGCUGCGACGCGCUCCUUCCAAGCCCACCGCCCUCAACCGAUCCCAGGCUUUUUCGAGGCAACAAAAGGAGUCCCUGCGACGAGAGAUGUGCGAAUUACUAGACACGGAGGAAAACUAUGUUUCCAAGGUGCAUGAUUUGGUUAACAACGUGGCCAUUGAUUUCCGGGAGAAGGCAAAACAUAAGAGCUCAUCGAGUCAAAGCCCGAGCGAGCAGGCUCUGAAGGGUCUUUUCCCUCCAAGUUUGGACAAGAUUCUUGAAAUCAAUUCGGCUUUCCUAGAAAGCAUACGGACGAUCCUGGAGGAAACCGAGAAUGAUGCCAUUCAAGACAUUGAACAGACCUCCGACGAUAUAUUUGUAGCGCCCUUACGUGGCCAAAAAGACCCCCCAGACGUUACGGGGGCGGUGGCUGUCGCAAAGGCCCUCAUCGAAUGGUUUCCCCAGUUCGGUGACUGCUAUACAGACUACAUGGCAGCACACGCUGGAUUUUCCCAGAUCCUCAAAGGCUUCACCAAAGACACCAAUUCCAGCUUUUCGAAGCGAGUUUAUGAGACUGGAGAGCAGCGAUUGAUGUCCAUGCUUAUUGAACCAGUUCAACGCCUUCCGCGGUACAACCUUUACAUUGACAACAUCGUGAAACAACUUCCGGUACGACACCCUGCUCUCAAGCCAUUCCUCAAGGCGCGAGAUAUCAUUUCCGAGAUAUGCUCUCGAGAGGGCCCGUCGGUACACCAAAUGAAAGUGUUUGACCGAUUGCGGAAAUUGGUGUUUUCCUGGCCACCCAAUUUCACCCCGCAAGGGCGCUUGAUUACUGCGGUUGACUAUGCAGAGCUCCUAGCACCGUACCAUAGCCACUCGAGCGCAUCGUCAAUGACCAGUGGCAUCUUCCUUGUAUUUUCAGAUGCUAUAGUGAUGUUGCACAAGACUAACGCCUGCAACGCAACUGCGCGCAGUGUGUUGGCUGAUUUGGAUAAUCCCAAAUUUUCAGAAGCCUUCUCUGGAUCUGCGGAACUCAUUUUCCACCAGCAGAUUAAUAUCAAUGAUGCCUUCUUGAGCGAGCAUUCCGAAGGAAGCAUCCUGCAGCUUCUAUCGCCAACACCAACGACUGCCGUGCCAUCUUCUCGACCUAGGAGCCGUGAUCGGCGAACGAUAGGUGUUCGCAUGUUUCACUUGCAGGGGAGCUAUGAGGGGAAAGCAUCUAGACUUGUUGAAGAGGUGACCAAGGCUAAAGUGGAAGGCCGAUAUACUGAAAGCGAACGAGAGAGCUACAAGUGGGAAGUACGAACCACCAGUGGUGACCUAAAUCUGUUCACAGCCAUCACCGAGGAGGCCGCAGAACAAGCGGCCGAGGGACGGAAGGAACCUGCCAAGGUGCAGGUGGUGAUGGAAUCGAUCGCACAGACGGUAAGGGUAGGGGAGAAAGGCGUCGAGCUGAGUAUCUCGAUAUCCUUGCUUGAGCAAGGGCUUUUCCUCGUGGACAUCAAAGGCCUUAAUGGGUACGCAACACGAGACAAGCUGACUAGUGUUGAGUUUCUCCCGGUCUUGACCAAGCGACUGGGCAACUUCUUCCAAGCUCGAAAUACGAUUAAGAAUCCGUCUUUGGCUGAAGCUUACCUCUCUCGUAAUCAGCAGAUCCUAAAAUCUCUGAGGCUCCAACUUGAGAGCAAUGGCGAGGACCAAGAAGGGAAGAGUCGUCCUCAGUCACCGGUUAAGAUGCUAUCCAGUUUUUUCAGUGCCAGUGUCGGAAAAGAGGGGUCUCGGAGACUGCAGCGCAACCCGCCCAGUGCCUUGGGCGAUAUUCCAAAGAUGACCCCCCCCUCUCAAUCAACCCCCGCGCGAACCCACAGUCGAGACGGAGAACACUCCCGCCCUACAUCGUCCAAUAAGACCACUGGCUCCAAUACCAGUGCCAGUCAAAUGGAUCCGCUAGCGAAGUUGGAAGACACGAUGAUUACCUUCAUGCUGGCUUUGCAUGCGCGCAAAGGCAACAUUGUCGGACGCUCUGUUCGUGCAAGAAGUACCGCUGACGAACUAGCCGUGAAUGAAGUUUAUAACUCACUUCUGGAAAACCCGUCCAAUCUGGAUGCAGCUGCUCAAUCAUCAGUCGACGUACUGUUUGCAGCCUUCGAGAAGUUUCUCAACAUUGCUUGGAAAGAGAAGAUGGGACCCGUCCUAUCACAUGCGACCCUUGUCUCAUUGCAGAUGAAAUCAGACAGCAUGUAUCCUGGCGAGUUCGAGGAGUUCUUCCGGGUGACAUUCGAUACUUUGGCUCCCCAACACCAGCGCUCUCUGCGAGCCAUUAUCAAACUCUUGGCCGAGCUACUGGACGGCAUGGGCAACGAUGGCGAUCGUGGUAUCCUGACGGCCGCCUUUGCUGAAAUACUUGUUCCGGCAGGCAAUCCUACAGACUUCAUCUCCCUGAUCGAUCGAUUUAUCCAGGAUAUUGAGGUACUCUUCCCAAUGGAGCCGAGUGGAUUCAAUACGCCCAAUUAUGGCUCGAUGGACUCCAAGAGUCGGCACAUUGCCACAGGCUCACUCACAUCAAACACCUCAUUACGAAAGCGUUUUGGUCUCGGCAAUCUUAGCAGAGAAAAUAGCAAGUCUGAAAGCGAGUCCAAAGUGGGUUCUCUGUGGCGUUCGUUGAGCAAGAACAGUCACGGCGUAGACAGCCCGGGGCCCACUACUCCUAAAGCUGGUCCUGCCUCUCUUGGUCGAUCCAAUUCUACAGAUGCUGCCAUGCAUCUUUCACCCAAGCGUCCCUCAUCACGCGACCGCCCAACAGUUCUGGGUGCCUUUGCUUUCGAGUCAAAUCAAAGUCCUGGCGCGCCGCUAUCAGCACAAGGGUCAGGUCGUGGAUACUUGGGUGGAUUGACUACAAUUGGAGAGGUAUCUGCUGCUGGACCUCCCCGCAAAAAGCGACGCUCGUCUUUGAGUGAUCUCAAGACUUUGCACGAUGCUGACCAUGCCCCUACGUGGUCUCCACAGACUCCCCGUCAAAAUGAGAACUCGGCAAGCAAGGAGCGUCAGGCCAGCAUUUCUCCACGCACUCCCCGGCCUCUUCCCUCUCCGACGAAGCAAUCGUCGAUUCCUACACCCGCUCGCCUGGGAUCACCAAUGCGUAGAGAAAAUUCGCCCGCUCUAAUCCGCCACAAAACAACUGGUAGCCAAGAUCAAGUCACAAUCAAGUCUUAUAGCCCAACGAAAAAGCGCAGCGAGUCUGUGACGGCCAUUCCAACCCUCAAAUCCAUGGCAGGCUUGUCCGAACGUCCCACAUCGGGGAACACUGUCAAGAUUCCUACCACUCCACGUUCGCCGACCAAGCCGAGUUCGUCUACCAGUCCACACAAGAAGCUCAAGAUGCAAAGUCCACAGAAGCUCCGCGAGCGUUUGCAAUAUCAACAGCGGGAUAUCGAAACCGCCACUCACACUCUUCAGUCUGAACUUGGCGCGAUCGGACAAGAACUACAUACUAGGCCUCGUCUGACGACGCAAGUCUCCGCCCCCUCUCCAUUGUCUGAAAAUACAUCGAGCGUGAAGUCUUUAGAGGCUCGUUUUGCGUCUCUAGAGAAAAAUCUCAAAAGCACACUCGAUACUUUGUCCACUCGCACUGCUGCCAUCAGCCACGAUGUCUCAUCAACCCUGCAAAUCAGUGAGGCACGCGCCAAAAAUCUGGAUAAACUCUACCGUGAAUCGAAUGCGGAGAAUGAAGCCUUGUAUGCCAAGUUCAAUGAUGAGCUAGAGAAAGUGGAGAAAAGCGUGAGGAAGGGCAAAGGCGGCGAAGAGGUCAAUCGACGGCUGAAGGCAGCUGAGGAAGAAAGUGCGAGGCUGAGGAAGGAAAACGCCAGAUUGAAGAGGGAGGUUGCGGGAUUGAGAGCACAGGUCAGGGAGUUUAAAACGACAUGUCUGGCAAGGUUGUUGACGCAGCGCAGGCAAUCAUUUCUCUGGCACUUUCGCUGGUUGCUGGGAUAUACGCUCCGAGCAUGUUGUACCUGCAUUGUCAUGGCGUUUUUGGUGGUGCAAUGGGUGAUGAUUCGCAGCAUCGACAUCACUCUAGGAGUUAUGGUAGCCGGUCUCAGUGCUUUGAGGGCACCACUAUUUCUCUUUUCCUUUGUUCUACGCCUGUCUAUACUCUUUAGAUUCCGAGCAUCAGAUUUAGUGGGUGGGCAUUCAUGAUCACUCCAGCGGAGGAUGAAUGACCCGGUAACGUCUUUACGAACACACAUAUGCAGUUUGGCAUGUUAAUAGCUUGUCAUCAAUAUUCGAAAUCAACAUACAUGUACUAUCUGCCGAUCCCCACGUUUGCAAUCUUUGAUAUCGUGAACGGCCUUUGCUUCUAUGCACAUGAACAAAUUGCUUUUGGGCAAUCUUUUGACCCGGUAUUCAACAACUGCUCCUAGCAUUGUGCAAUUUUCGAUGAUACAAGACGUUGACCCUGCUUGGAAUCUCGCAGUGUCCCGAUACUAGUUACUACAGACUGGAAUGACAGGAACGAAAAGCUGAACGUGAUAAUAACGCGCGUGUCGUGUCUGAGAGCACUCCUGCUGUAGUGAAACAAGUGAAUGAUCCCAAGAGAAUCUACCCACAAAACAAGAAGACAAGCAACAAAAAAAAGAGGACAUCCACCAAGACUCUCUACCAACCCGCCCUAAGCAAAUUCCUGACCACAUCAAACCAAAGUCCAACCUUGGCGUAUGAAUCGCAAAACCGACAACAAGCUGAAAUAGCAGCGCCAACGACUCGAGAACAAUAGACACCAACAAGGGGUCCGGUCAAAACACCAACAUUUGUCCCCAUUUUUCUUAAUUGUUUCAACAUCUUUCCCCUCCUCACCCCCUCAAUAUAUUCAGUAGCUUCGGAAGAAAAAAGAAGAAGAAGAAGAAGAAGAAGAAGAAUGACGGAACAUGAAACAACAACUAACCUACGAACUAACGGACUAACUACGCACGCACGCAGAGACGCAACUACCAACACUCUGGUUUUCUUAUCUUGCCCCCACAUAAAACGCCUCCUUCCAAUACACGCUUUUAAUCUCGCCUC